AUGAAUAACGAGCAGUUUCGUCGGCUCGUGGCCGACCAGUCGUCUUCAAAACCCAAGGGCCAGAGCUCAACGCCUGCUCCUGAUGUGUCGCGUGGCGGCGCAACCCCGGGUGGCUCACUCGGGUCGCGAAUGCGAUCUAGUAUCCCAAUGACACCGCGCUCAGUUACUGGCGUUGACUUUGCCCGCCAGCUCUUCGAGCAACGUCGCCAAGGCGACCGACCUUCCAAGCGAUUCAAGUCCUCCGCCGCGCCGAAAGGUACAGCCCUCCCGACCGGAUAUCAGGACCGUGCGCAAUUACGCAAUGCAGAGGACGAUGCCAAGAAUGGAGAGGAUAUCGAGAAGCGGAUAAAGGCAUUGGAGGAAAUGGUGAAAUUGGGACAAAUCGACCAGGCUACCUUCGAUAAACUCCGCCGAGACCUCGGGGUUGGAGGCGACAUCAGCAGCACACAUAUGGUCAAAGGAUUGGAUUUCGACUUGCUGCGAAGAAUUAGAGCAGGCGAGGACGUGUCGCAAGCGGCGGAGAAACCUACGUCGCCUCCCGAAACAGAAGAUGCGGAGGAGGAAUUUGAGCGCUUGAUGGAGGAGAAAGCACAGGAGGAGGUUGUCGCCGUUCCCAAGGACCAGAAGGAGAAAAAGGAGAAAAAGAAGGGAACUAUGGCACCGCCGCCUAUGAAGCCCAAGACCCGUGAUGAGAUUCUCCGGGAACUGAGGGCAAGCCGGGCUGCUGCUGCUGCUGCGCCUGCUCCACCGCCGGAAUCCAUACUCGGCUCAAAGUUCAAGAAGCUGAGUAGUGCCCAGCCUGAGAAAAAGCGGUUUGUGGAGCGCGAUGAAACCGGGCGUCGAAGAGAGGUGCUCCUCAUCACAGAUGCACAGGGAAAUACGAAGAGGAAAACCAGAUGGCUGGAUAAGCCGGUCGAAACGCCUGUUCCUGCUGCGGGAGACCUUCCUAUGCCCGAUAAAAGCGCUAAGCCCCUCGGUAUGGAUGUUCCGGCUGAGCUCGCUGCGCGUGCUGCCCCGGCGCCCGAAGAAGAAGAUGAUGAUAUCUUUGCCGGUGUUGGUGAUGACUACAACCCCCUUGCUGGACUCGAGGAGGAUGAUGGGUCGUCCUCUGACGAGGAUGGUGAAUUGGCAGCUCGUAAGCUUGAGAAGGCCCCUGUCGGCGAGGAGGAGACAAAGCCUGCUACCAUUGAACCAACACCCGCAAAACCCAGAAACUACUUUGCCACUGGGACCUCAGAUACAGCAGAGGCAGAACCUGUGGACCGGUCUAACCCACUCACCAAAGACCCGACUAUUCUUGCCGCUCUCAAACGAGCCGCAGCCCUCCGACAGGCCUCUCCUUCAGCAGAAGGUGAUGAGAGGGAGUCUUCUGAUGCCGCCCUUCGCCACAAACGCUUCCUUGAAGAGGCACGCCGCCGGGAAGCCAUGGACGCCGCGGAUAUGGACAUGGAGUUCGGAGGUAGUCGCAUCGAGGAUGGUGAGGAGGAGGAUGAUGGCGUCUUGCUCGACUUUGACGACGAUGGACGGGGCGGGAAAAAGAGAAAGCGUGGUCCUAAGAAGAAAAAGGGGGACAAGCAUAGCGCUGCUGAUGUUCUACGGGUUAUGGAGGGUCGCAAGAAGGAGGCUUCUUGA